AUGGCGCCCGCUCGCGCGGCCUUGACGGCUCUGUCGCAGAGGUUGUUCCCCGCUCCUUCUGUCUUUCGUAGCAAGCUUUCGCCCUCGUUAUGGGCUGGUGUAACUUCUGAUUCUACCAAGACCUUGCAACGGGUUCUUCAGGACAACCACAACAAGUGGCAUGUCUACUUUAACGAAGAGGGGUUUCACAACCAUGCUAGCCACCAUGUCCUUGCUACUUGGGCACUCGGUGCCAACGCGCAGUUGAUCCAGGCUGCCUACAAGUCAAACGAACAGCGGGAGGCGUUCAAAUCACCGGAGCCCAUCACGAAAGACAACUUCUACGCCCAUUUGGGAGACGACAAGUACUAUAAUUCGUACAUGGAGUUCUUCCGGCGCGCCCUGGAACAACAAGGCAUUUCCAGCGUCUUGGAGGAGUACUUCUUCGCCCAAGAGGCCAACUUCCCCAACGAUGGCCAUGACAGCCGUUUGAUGUUGAAUCGUUUGAUGGACUCGUUGUAUCAUCCCAUGAUUCACAUUGGCUACGGAUUAGAAUUCGGACUGCCGGGCAUGCUUGUUGAAGGUUUGGCCCAAGCGGCCAUCCAUCAAGCCCUUUGGCCUGCAAUGACACCUCCGUCUUUGUGGGCCGAAGGGUCCCCCGUCAAGUCAUCUGAGUAUUCCUCGGGACAACAUAUCUUCGACAUUCUCGCGGACAUGGCUAUCGACUCUAAUUUCGCGCGGAUAGUAAACCCUGACCCAGAAAGCAUGGCCAUCCUGUAUCACACCUACUUCGACCACCAAGUGGCUGUUUUAGCAUACGCGAAGAGAUGGGUAGUCGACACCGCCUCGACCGCAGACGUUCAGAAGAAAUUAGAAGAGCUCGUCUGGCUCGUCACACUCAUUUAUGGCGUUGGUGGUUGGAAGAGGGACGCGGGAUUCGAAGCAGAUUUCUUCUACAUGCAUCUAGUGACAUCUUCGUUGUUUUUGUCGUCUUACGUUAACCACUUAAGCACGGCGUCGUUGAAGAAGCUCCUGGAGUCGUAUUGUACGUUCGCUUUGAUGUGGUGGGUCGCUAGAGGCCGGCCGCCUUUGGACAUCGCCGGAUUCUUCGCUACUGACAUACCGACUUCCUCGCAAAUGAGCGCCGUAUCCUCCGACGCGCUCACUUUCGACGCGACAACCAGUACUGCGGCUCCGCCCAACCCGUGGCUUCCCAUCAUCAACAGCACGCUCAUCCAUCCUGACAAUCAUAUCGCCAAACUACAACGCGCGCUCGCACAUUAUUCGACGCUGUAUGGGGGGCGUGCGGCUGGCCAAGAGGACUUUGCACGUACGAAGCUGGCUGGAGCGGAGAAGUUGGACGGGUCGCUGUUCAUUCGAGUCGCAGCAUUGAGUGCAGAGAAGCUGGGAAGGGUUGCAGAGGGAGAGAAGGCAUCGGACUGGUAUAGGGACGGAUUUUACCACACCGCUUGA